AAAAAGACAACUUAUUAAGGGAACCUGCCUAAAAAUUGUGAAACAAUGAUGCACAGUUUUAUAUUCUGCUGCACCGUGUCUGGGCUAAAGGUCUCAGAGGAAUCAUGGAGGCCUUAACUGUCUUUGAAAAAGAGAACGUUUUUCACCAUUAAUUUCAGUCUGUAUCCCAGAUGAUGUAAUGGAGAUGUUAUUAAGACAACAUUCAGAAUACACAUAACCGCUUUUAUAUUUCCUAAUAUUAUGCUGGUAUGUGAUUCAGGUCAGCCAUGGUGUGUGUUGUUCUUACCUUUCUCCUGCAGGUUGCGACAGGUGGACGGAGACAGCAAGUGUUUCCCUGGAACAUGUAAGGCGACUGGAGACAGAAGGAAGGUGUCGGAGCAUUAGCUCACCUGACCGGUUGAGGCUCGCUGUCAAAGAGCAGAUCACAUGCGAUAUAACAUUGAGAAGGACCGUUGGCAAAAUGAAUCUAAAACUUCUUCUACUUGCAGGCUUUGCCUUCACUGUGGCACCCACUGAAAUAAAACAAGUUGGUGACGCUAUAAUUUUGCAUCCUGACAAGUCCAUGGAGCCACUAAGCAACUUCCUCUGGGAAUAUAGCCCAGCCAUGAGACAAAAGAACACAGUUAUCACAAAUGUCACCAACGGAAAAGUUAUUCAAACCAACGGGACCAGAUUUGAAGGCAGGCUGCACACAGAUGCAAAAACUGGAUCGAUCACCAUCUCCAAACUCACGCUUAAUGAUGGAGGAAUAUUUUCCAUUCAGAUCUUUAUAGGAUCAGAAAACCAUACUGGAAGUGUCCAUCUGAUUGUUACAAAUGAUUAUAUUAUAAGGGAUGUUCUGGAAGGGGGAAAUGUCACUCUGGAGACACAAAUGGAAAAACUGGAGAUGAAGCACACUGUGAAGUGGACAAAAAUACAAGAUGGAGAAAGGAAACUGGUUGCUCAUUGGAAAAACUCUAAUCUCACAAUUGAGAAAAGCUUCAAGGAUGUCCUGUGGUUGAAUCCAAAGAAUGGUUACCUCACCUUCAUCAGAGUCACAGAAGGCUACAGUGGGUUAUACAAUGUUGAGAUACUUGAGGGUAAAGAACAUCGCUCUGAAAUCCUCUUCAACAUGACCGUAUAUGAACCUGUUUCUGUUCCAUUCAUCACUAAAGGAGGUUCACCAGCAGAUAAGAGAUGUUAUGUAAUUUGUUCUGUGGAGAAUGGACUGGGUGUGAAUCUGACCUGGUACAAUGGUCCUAAAAAAAUCAGCAGUGUGAGCAACUUCACAAAUAUCUCCAUGAACCUCAGCCUCCCUCUGUGGAUCCAACCGAAAAAAAAUGACAAUUACACCUGUGAGGCACGAAACCCCGCCUCAGCAGAGAGAACAUCUCUCAACUUGAUAGAGUGGUUGCCAGCUCCUCAACCAGGUUCCACUCAUACCACGGUUGUGAUUGUGGUUUUGGUUUUGGCUAUACUAUUACUGGCUGGCGUCAUUAUAUUCUUCAUAGACUUCCAGAAGAGAAGAAACCCAGACACGGAAACUGGGGAAUUUAAAAUGAACUGUUUGAGGCGAAAAUACAAUAGUCUUUCAGAGGCAGACUCUCAGUCAUGAUCCACAGCUGUGUGGCUUCUUGUUCUGGUUUAUGGAUGCCCCUUCCUCCUCGGUUCCCUGCUGGAUUUGGUUCUUCCCAUCAGUUCUUCACCAAACUACUGGAUCUCAACCAUGAUGUUUAUGAUGUAGUGGUUUUAUAUUCUAAUGUCUGCUUCUUUGUUUGAACAGAAUGUUGUGAUUUGUAAAAAAAAAAAAAAAGAAAUUCAGUUAAAUUUUAUUUCUCCAGCGCCAAUU